GGCGAUGGUGGCCCCGUCGUGGACCUUACUGUUGCUGACGAUGCUGCCCCAGCGCUUCCUCUCGUCCAGGAACCACGGACGCAGAGGGCCGGCAAGGAGAUUGCCGGUGCCACCUAUCAGAAGGUGAUAGAGUACCCCGUCGGCGGGGGCGUGUUUAAUGAGCUCGUCCCCGGCCACGUCGUCCUGGCCAAGGCCAUGCCGGCCAAAGAUCGGGCUCAUUUGAAGAAGCUCGAGGACCCGAAGAUUUAUGAGGGCGGCAUGGACCUCCUCGUCCAAAGUGCCUUCAUGCUUAUGGAAAGCCAUAAGAGGCAGUACUGGGAGAUAGCUCGCCUGCAAGCGCUGGAGCAGAAGGCUGCCUCGGCCGACGAGGCGGUAGCUUGCCUUGACCGGCUCCGGGAGGAUGCCAAGGCGCUGCAGGCCAAAGCUGAUGAAGCCGUCGCGGCCAGGGACGAUGCCCUGGUCAAGCUCGAAGAGAGCAAGAGGGAGCUCGCGGAGUCCCACAGGGCGCUUGAGGCCGAGAAGCGCAGGAGCGAGGAGGCCGCCAAGGCGAAGGCUGAGGCCGAGGCCGCCGUCGUGAAGGCUGCCGAUGAGGCCGUCGAGAAGUUCUUGGCCGAGGGGUGGAAGGCCGAUGAGAGGCUC